AUGCAUUCCGCGACGUUCGGCAAGGGAAAACGGUAUGGAAUCCUGGGGUAUCUCCCGGAGCAGGGCUCAAAGGAGGCCGAGCUAUACGCCCUAAACGCAAGCACCUCCCCGCUCCUCCUCCUCCCCCCCGAGAUCCGCAACAAAAUCUACGCCCUCCUCCUCGCGCACCGGCGCAUCCACGUCCUACACGCCCCGCGCGCCCACCCGCCCAAGUUCCACUGCCUCACGCUCCGCGCGUCCGCGAAUCCCUGGGCGCAUAAGCGGCGGCAUGUCCUGUCGCGGGGGAUGACGCUGUUGGCGGGGGUGUGUAGACAGCUAUACCGCGAGACGGACCUCAUACCGUACAGAGAGUUCCUCCACAGUAUCAACGUCAAGUACAACACCUUUAUGUUUCGUAUCGCUGCUCAGAUCUUCAAGCUGCCUCAUGUCAGCACCAUUAGACGCCUAGCAUCAAGAAUCAUCGUCACCAAGAAAGUCAGUUGA